GCCGGGCCCUGCGCUGCACAAAGCGGCGGCGCCUGCGCGGGGCGGGCCGGGCUGUGAGGGCAGCGGGCUGGGAGCGGGGCCCGGCGGGCAGUGCCGGCCACUGCCGCUGUCAGCGCAGCGGGCUGCGCGCUGCUCCCUGCCUGCCCUGCCCCGCCGAUCGCGCUUCGCUUUAACGCUCUUAGUUUUUAAAUUUUUUUUUUUUUUUAAUUAUUUUCUUUAAACUUGGAGGAACGCUUGGGAAGCCCCCGCACGGCUCCGCUCCCGCCCCGCAGCGCGUUGCCCUCGCACUCCCCGCGCUGCCGGAGCCGCUCCCCCUUCCCGAGCCGCUCCAGGCUGGGCCUCGGCUGGGCUCUGGAAGCCGGGAGCGCCUCGGCACCGUCUGCCUCCCCUCCCGGAGCCGCUCCUCCCCGCCAGCCCGAUAAAUGCUGUUUAUGAGGAUGGACCUGUUGAACUACCAGUACUUGGACAAGAUGAACAACAAUAUCGGCAUCCUGUGCUACGAAGGUGAAGCGGCGCUGAGAGGGGAGCCCCGAAUGCAGCCCCUGCAAUCCCCCGCGCUCAGCAACCACCGCACGGGCCCGCCGCCCAUCAGCCCCAGCAAGAGGAAGCUCAGCAUGGACCAAGGGGACGAGGAGCUGGACUGUGAGAGCGACCACGUCUCCAAAAUGAGCCGCAUGUUCAACCCGCAUCUCAAGACUGCCAACGGGGAUUACCGGAAGGAGCACCGGGAGCGGAGCCGCAGCCCCAUCGAGCGGGCGGCUGCCCCCACCAUGAGCCUCCACGCCAACCACAUGUACGCCUCCAUCCCCAGCCUGAGCAUGGAGCAGCCCCUCGCACUGACCAAAAACAGCGUGGAUGCAGCCAGGACAGUCGGCAUCUCCCCCAGCCUGAGCAGCGUGGAGCGGCAGCAGAACCGUCCCUCUGUGAUCACCUGCGCUUCUGCCAACAACCGCAACUGCAACCUGUCCCACUGCCCCAUCGCCCACAGCGCCUGCUCGGGGGCUGCCUACAGGAGACCCUCCAGCUCCAGCGCCGCGUGUGACCCGGUGGUGGAGGAGCACUUCCGCAGGAGCCUGGGCAAGAACUACAAGGAGCCGGAGCCGGCGGCCAACUCGGUGUCCAUCACGGGCUCGGUGGACGAUCACUUCGCCAAGGCGCUGGGGGACACGUGGCUGCAGCUGAAGGCGGCCAAGGACGGCGCGGGCGGCAGCCCCGAGGCGGCGGCGCGGCGCGGCCGGGCCUCGCCCUCCUCGCACAUGCUGAGCCACAGCCACUCGCCCUCCGUGCUCUCCUGAGACCGCCCCGCCUGCGACCUGCCUGCGGAGCGGCAGCGGCUGCCGUGCCGGGAGGAGGGCUCCAGCGCCUGCUUCGGGCUGCUCACCGCCUCGGGCUUCUGUUUGGAAAAGGGUGCCCUUAAAGAUGAUAGCAGGAACUAUUUCAUAAAGAUUCAUAUGAUGUAGCAUCCUUUUUUUUCCUGCCUCAAUUACCAAAGAAACCUCUGAUGCAAAUCUGCUGCCCCCUAAAAAAGUAAUGCACGCUAAUCCACAAAAGCCAUUACACUUAGUUGGUUGACCCAAGUGCUUUUUUUUUUUUGCUUUUCUUAGCUUCUCAAGACUAGAAUUUGUCUGGUUUGCCUACAUUGCUUUUUUUUUUUUUUUUUUUUUUUUUUCCCUCUGUGAAGUAAUUUUGUAUGUAUAUACUUGAAAAGAACUGUCAUGUAUGAUUUGCACUAUUGGAGGAGGACUGAAGUUGCACAGCAACUUUCUGGAAGAGCUAAUAUUUUGAGGGCAAACUGCUGAAAAAAGGGUUUAAGGAUGACAUUUCUACCAGUUUGAUUUUUCUUAGAGCAAAACAGCUUUGGAAGGGGAAGUCUCAUACAGGUUAUAGGUCUUUCUCUCUUUAGAUUUCAGGUGCUUAGUGCUUGCAACUGGACUGCAUAAUUUACAGAACACGGGCAUUUUUUCCUAAACACUGCAGUUUGUUAGACUAGAGCUGAGGUUGGAGGGUUCCAUAGUGCUUAACGAUGCAUGUUUUAUGAAAAAUAGCUGGUAUCUAUUAAUGUAUAGACAGUAAGAAUCAUAAUACUUAUUAGCUUCUCUUCAGAAUUAGUUUAUUUUUGUCAGUAACAACCCUAGAUAUACUUACUGCUGGUACAGUUGUACUCUAUGAUAUUUGUAUUUGCUAUUCACUUUAGUGGCAGCAGCAGCGAGGGCAGCUCAGGACAGGCCUCGUGCAGCACUGCUGCUUCACAGGGAUCUGCUUCCCAAACCCCAGUCUGUGUAAUCCACCCUGAACUAGCUGCAGGAACUGCUACCCUUACGGAUCUUGGCUGGACAACAGAUUGUUACAGUUGGUGAAAGACCAUCUUUCAGCUUGUUUAUUUUAUUUUGGUUUUUUUAAGCCUAUCCAUCAGCCUACGCCAAGUCGCAGCAUACAUUCCUCCAGUAGGUUUUAUACAGGUAUUACUGCAUUUAUUAUCAUUUGCUAUAUUAAUAGCUACUAACUAGAGAUUAGGCAGUAGAGGCAGGCAUAAAACCACAGCUGUGCUAGUGCUAAGAGCUUUUCUUCUUGUUAAGUGUAACUACUCUCCCCAGUACAUUCCAUCUUCCCAGGACAGCUGCAGCCAGGCCUUGGUUUUUAUCCUGGGCUCCCUGAAAGGAUGGGCUCAGUGUAGGAAGUGAGCACUGGUUGGAAGAUGAGCUCCACGUGAUGUAUUAUGGACUAUGUUACAGUAUUGGGUCCAUUGUGGCUUUUAUUUUAUGCUUUUUGGUUUCUUUUUUUUAAAGUUAAGCUAUUUAAUUUGGAAAAGGUGCAGGGUAGAAAGAGAUUGGGAGAUUGGCUCUUACUCUUGGUGAGAAGGUGGCUGCUCAGUUUUCUUUAAAAAAAUGAAAAAAAACCCACAAAAAAAACCCAACCCAACACCUAAGCCCCCCAGUUUUACACAUUUCACUACCAUCUUACUGGGUAGUCAAUGCUUCCUUGCUUUGGCAUUCAGUACCCUACUUUCUGUAGGAAGAUUGUUAAAAGAACACUUUUUUAUAUAGGUAACUUUAAGACCAUCGUUACGCUGUGCGUAAAGAAUGUACAGAGAAAUUUGUAGGUAUUUUUUGAGGAACAAUUAAUUUGUUAAUGAUAUGUAGCUAUUUAAUUUUUCCCUUUCCUUUAUUGUAAUCAUUCUUUUUUUUUUUUUUUUUUGUUUGGAGAAAAAAGUUGAUCUUUUUUUUUUGUUGUAGAUUUGUCUGUAAUACAGUAAAAAGUGCAGGAACACAGUUAUUCUAUGAGGACACUGCAUUAGCAUUAAUAGCCACUUGUUUGUUAUUGCUACAGGCUACUGAGCAGUAUAACAGUCAAUACUAAUACUGUAGAUGGACUCUGUGGAAAAUGUGACUCCUCUAUUUCUUUGUAAACACAAAUAAGAUAAUGUUUUUAAAGCUAAUAUUUUCAAUAAUAGCUCUUUUACAAGGUUACAUUUACUUAUCUGAGAUAGGUAAAUGGAUUUGAGGGCAAUAAAGAUUUAAUGUGCUAUGUCCAGUCUAACAGAUACUGGACACAACAAUGUCAUGAAAGCCAAAGGGUUGGGGGGAGGUGGAAGGACACUAAACUGAACUCACCAUCACGAGAUGUGGUGAAGUUUCUUCACAGAGCCAGGUUCUUAUCUACAGUUCAGUUUGAAAGAUUCUCUCUGUGUUUGUAAAUCUGUAAUAUACCAUUCUUUUGUGGCCUUGUUUCACCUGGAAAAAAAAAAAAAAAAAAGGUUUGGCAGGCCAUCUUUUUUUUUUGUACUUAAAAAGUAGCCUUAAAGAACAAUAAAGUGCUCUUAAAUCACA